AAAACACUUAAUACUCCAUCCCACCACCGCAUCAAGAACAACCAAAACAGGCGUUAAGAAGAUAAAAUAAAUAAAAAUGUCAUCAAUUGAAGAACCCUCUUCUCCCAUCGAAACCGAAAACCCUCUCCUCCGCGACUCAAACCCCCUCGUCUCCAACCUCGAGCAAGAAGUUCUAGACGAAUACUCCCGAUUACUUGGGAAUGUGAACAAGCUAUCCACCAAACUCUCCGACCUAGCCGGCUCCCCCUCCUCGCUCACACUUGACGGACUGAGGCUUCUCGAGCGCAAAACUGCUACGGUCUGCACGUUGCUCAAGGCGAGUGUGUACAGCAUUGUUUUGCAACAGCAGAUAUGGAAUGAGGCAGAAAGUGAAAGGAGGGAUGCGGAUGCUAGUGUCAGUGGUGGUGGUGGUGAUGUCGACAUGGAAGGGAAUAGUAAUAAUGAUCUGUCGAUGCAGCAGGGGCGGAGUUAUGCUGGGUUUGAGGGGGAUAGUUAUGCUGGAUUUCGGGGUUAAUUCCAUUAUUACCUCCCUUUUCUACGGCUAUUCUCCUGGUUUGGUUGGGUUUAUGUGGUGUUUUAUACCCUGUACUUCUAGUUUUAUCAUGCUUCGACUCCAAUAGAUCUGUG